GGUUCCUUAGCUAUUAAAAUGGCAAGAACGCACGAUAUCAACAAUCAACUACUCCCGAAGCAGUUUGACACUUUCACGAUUCAAGAAGGCUAGUUCAAGAUCUGUCUGGAUCUUUCCCAUUUAAGAACUCCGCUGAACACAACUUCUCUCACUGCACUGCACCAUUUUCUCCCUCCAGCUGAACCACUCCAUCCAUCCACAAGCAUCACCUUACUCUUCGAUAAAUCCCACCACUCCGCGGCACCUACCCCGACCACCACAUCUCGCUGUCUCGUUCCCCCAGGAACAAGACGAUCUCUUUACAAACGACAGAACAAGCCCUACAACAACCGACAAACCCAACCCAAACCCAUACCUAGCCCAAGAUGACGCGCGGCGACGUUAGCCACGUCAAGGUCCACUACAAGGGCGCCGCCGAGGACUUUGUCGUGUUUCUGGACAGCGUCGACGACUUCAAGCGGUGGCAGAGCGACAAGAGCGUGCCGCUUGCCCAGGUGGUGUCGUCGUUCAAGGUUUUUACCACGCACAAGCACGGUGCGCAGGGCCUACUUGAGGGCGCCUCCAAGUUGACGCUCGAGAACGAGUUUGGCACGUCCCAAGAGGACGACGUCGUACGCAUGGUUCUGGAGAAGGGCGACCUGCAGGAGUUCGAGAUGGCGGAACGUCAAGGCCGCAAGAACGACAGCAAUGGCCCAUACAUCGUUAGUUAGAGAAGACAUCGCCGGCGCCAGCCACGGGUCCCCCCUCUCCGUUUCGUCGCUGCACGUUCAAGGCCAAGGAGCAUCACGAUAGCACGGAGGCUUGUCAUGAACCACAAGUAACCGUGGAUGGGUGUGGCUUGACUCAAGGGGAGCAGGGGAAACGGUUGACAGCGAGAAUUGAUAUGGCUGGUAUUUCCCCACUUUUUUCCGGGGCGGAUCAUGACUCAGUUAGAGAUUACGGAGCUGCAUAGCGAGGAGUUGCCCGUCGAUUUUGGUCGGGCCUGUAGAGUAGUCGCAACACAACAUGAGGACGUAUGCGAUGAAUCUUUUCUUUGAGUGGCUGUCUGGCGGAUCUGGCGGUGAAGCGUUCUGGUUGCGUUCCCUGCAUUUGGUGUGUUUUGUCUCACAACAUGAUGCUGUGGACGAGAAGCGUGUCUCGGAGAAAACAAACAGACCUGUAGUUACUCCGUAC